AUGGCAGCAACGCUCAUGCAACCACCGGUCCACCGUCACUCUAUGGACCACACGCCGUCGUUUGACCACGCGCGAUCGUCGCCCUCUGCACCCUUCGCCACCUCGAGCUUUGAGCGUGGCCCCUCUCCAAGCACCAGCACUAGCACCAGUAACAUUCAGGCACCCCGCUCGCGCACAGGCUCAUCCAACCUGGCUUCCCCUAGCCCUUCUUCCUCCGCACCAUCACCAUCUGCACCAUCACCUGUCCCUCCAGGCGCCGCCUAUCCCCAACACUAUCAACAUUUCCCUCCUCCUCCUCAUCACUUUCCCCAACACUGGCCACAAGGUGCUGCGCAUCCCGGUGCUGGCUUUUACGCACCACCUUACGGCGCCUUCCCCGGCGCAACGGGGUACCAGCAACAGGCCCCUUCCGACUUUGCCGCCUGGGCUCACGUGUACCAGCGAAUGGUUGCAAGCGGUCACAUGCCUGGGCCCGGAGUCAUGCCCACCCACUACAGCCAGGACGUCGACGACUAUGGACCACCCAUGGCCGACCCUCCACGUCGGCGCACAGCGUCCGGCCCCAACACGUCAGUGAACGCAACUGUCAUCCCUGGCAAGGGAGCUGUCUUCCAGCCUCAACCCUUUCACCCUUACAAGCGAGGGCCCAUCCCGAACAGAGGCCAUCGCAACGACGGGGCGCCCGGUGCAAGCAUGAACAGCACCACGAGCGGCGGUAGCGGCAUUCGCAUGACCUCGAACCCCGUUCCAGGGCAGGCGCGAGGAACACCGCCUCCGUCGGACGAACACCGCCGCAACUUGAGCUCGGACAGUGCACAAUUGCGCAGUGGUGGUCUCUCUGCCGUUGGAGCUGACGUCGACUUUGCCCCUCCGAAGCUUCGCACCGACGACAGGCGAAACUCGUCGAGCUCUCACGGUAGCGGGCGCUCUGGGUCUGCGUCCCCGACCACCCACAGCCAACACAACCCGUCUGGCACCUCGUCGCCCACUACGCACGCACGCUCGCGCUCGACCUCUGGCUCGUCUAGCCCCCUCACCACUGGCACGAUCGCUACCAACGCCACCAACGCUGCGCGCCCCUCGCCUCUAUCCCAGGCCCAACAGCUGCCAGCUGGCGCUGCGCCGCUUGACCAAAAGAAGAGCGGUGCAAAGGGUCGUUUCAAGCCUUCCCUGGCGUCGAACCCGGCCAAGGACAAGUCGGCUCCUCCAUCACAGGUGCAGCCCACCCCAUCGAGAGCCGAGCAGUCGAAUACCUCACGCUUGCCUAGAGCCAAUGGCAGUGUCCCCCUCGCCCCUCCCUCGGCCCCCUUUGCCAACGCGCAGGCCAUGGGCUCGGACGUAAGCCUCGCGGAGACUCAGCGCACGGCGCAGACCAUUGCAUCGGUCGCCACUGGCGCCACUGGCAAGUCGCGCAGAGGCUUGUUCCGCAUGCGGAACAAGUCGUCGGACAACAUCUCGCUAUCGUCUACCGUUUCAUCGGCGUCAAUGAUGAUCCGCAAGAUGGGCAGCCUCGGCAAGCUCGCACGCCGGAACAGCCUCAUGGGCAUCUCCAAGAUCUUCAAGGAUAAGCCAAAGGACGAGGACGCUGCGCUUCCAGAGAAGCAGGGUAUUCUCGGUUUCAAGAAGAAGAGCGGCAAGAAAUCGGAGGCGUCGCCUGCAGCAGUCUCGCACGCGUACGCCGAACUUGACCGGGACCUAGACAGGCUCUCGGAGGAGCACGACCGCAUAUUAUCUGGACUGUCGCCUGCUGCCGCGCUCGCACGUCAACACACUGUCAAGUCGCGCGCCGAGCAGGCCAAGAAGACCGCUGAGAAGAAGGCGACGCUCGAGGGCGAGGCGGCUCUUCAGAAGGAGCUCGAGGCGGCCGAGAUGGGCAGAACCACUGGCGUAUCGACUUGGGACUCGAACACGACGACAAGAGCCAAUCAGCCCACGUACGCUGCGGCUGCAGCCGAUGCCGCGUCGGUUCCGAUGGGCCCGACCAACGUCCUCAAGGUAAUGCCACGCCAGCCCCACGUCGUCCACCACGCGUUCGCUGUCAACCAGCCCGACUAUGACAGCGACGACUCGUCGGAGGGUGACACGAUCGAGAAUGUCGCUUCCGACCUUAGACUCGCCUCGAUCUCGGACCCUGCGGACCGUGACUUUGAGGCUUUGUGGGGAAAGGCGUCAAUUGACCCCAACGCGCGGCCCAAGAAGGGCAUUCUCAAGAUCUGCGUUUCAAACGAGGACCUUGAGAAGCUCGCUAGCCAGCAUCAACAACAGCAGCAGCAAAAGGCGCAGUCGGCUCCGACCACGCCGCCCAUGCAGCCCGAGGCGCACCCCGGGCGCACGCUCGACCUGGCUUCGCCCAACCCAGAGCGCAUUGAUGGGAACGCCCACGCGCCGCACGCCGAGGAUCCCAAGUUUGACAUAGAUUUCUCGUCGUUCGACACUAGCCCGGACCUUGACCUCAAGCCACCCGUCAUCUACAAGAACCCUAUCCACAACUCGUCGGUUCCUGGCAUCUCGCGGUCGGACGGUAUCGACCCGCACGCGCGCGCGAUGUCUGCCCCGUCUCGCCGUCGCCUCAUCUGGGCGCCCGAGUGCGCCGUCUACAGCACGUACGACGCGCUCACGUAUGACCGUCGCUCCGAGCCCGCGACCUGCAACCGCCUCACGCCUGAGUUGGCAAUGGCGAUCAAGCAGGAGCUGAACGCGUUUAAACUCGAGAUGCCCGUCCACCCCUCGUCGAGGAUAUACACGCACUACUUUGCAUGA